UUGCUGCAUCGAAGACGAUGAUGACAGAAAAAGACAAAGCUUUGAAAUCUGUGCCAACUCCCUCCCUCUUUCUCUCUCUCACGCACUACUCUUCUUCUUCUUCUUCUUCUUCUUCUUCUUCUUCUUCAUCACCCAACAAUGGACUUCCAAUUUCUCUCUAAUUCAUUCUUAACCCAACUCCAGAUUUCAUCUUCUUCCUUCCCUCGCUGAUAAAAAAAUCCCUUCUUUCUUCCCUUCUUUCAUUCCCAUUUUCACCAUUUUUUUUUCUUCUUCUCCCUCUCCCCUUUUCACGACAAGGGUUAUGUUUCCUAGACUUGUUAAUCCCGACGGAGAUAUCCAGAUCCAUGGUCCCCGUGGUUCUGUUGCUUCUGACCUCACCCACACUCACCGUGGAGACCCUUGUCUCGUUUUGACUUCAGAUCCCAAACCACGCCUCCGAUGGACUGCGGAUCUUCACGAGCGAUUCGUCGAUGCCGUUACUCAGCUCGGUGGUGCUGGCAAAGCUACUCCAAAAGCAAUAAUGCGAACAAUGAAUGUGAAAGGACUGACUCUCUUCCAUUUGAAGAGCCACCUCCAGAAAUACAGAUUAGGUAAGCAAUCUGGGAAGGAUAUGGGUGAGGCAUCUAAAGAUGGUGCAUACCUUUUAGAAAGUCCAAGUACCAAUAAUUUCUCUCCUGACUUGCCAAUUUCUGAAAUGGCCGAUGGUUAUGAAGUCAAGGAGGCAUUAAGAGCGCAAAUGGAGGUGCAAAGUAAAUUGCAUCUGCAAGUUGAGCUAGCUUACCUUACCAUCGUUGGGCAGGCAGAGAAGCACCUACAAAUUCGUCAGGAUGCCGAGCGAAGAUAUUUGGCCAUGCUUGAGAGAGCUUGUAAAAUGCUUGCAGAUCAAUUCAUUGUAGGUGCAGUUUCGGACUCAGACAGCAAGAAGUCCGAAGGACAGGAUCGCAAGAGCCCGAGAAGUACUUCCAUCGACCCACUUGGUUUCUACACCACGCAAUCACAAGAGAUGGAAAGAGUGAAUGGAACAGAAGAAGUGCAGGCUAAUCUUCCUUGCCAGAGGGCUGAUUGUUCAACCGAAAGCUGCCUAACCUCAAAUGAGAGUCCCGGGGGAUUGGCUAUGGAAAAAUCUCCUGCUGCAAGCAAGAAAAACAUGGUUAACUUGGGUUCAGCAACUGCAUCUUUGAUUUGGAGUGGAGCCAAGGAAGGAAUACAAAAUGCUAACAUCAUCCAAGUUAACCAUCAUGGCGUGUCCGGAUGCGACAUGUGGGGAUAAAGUUCUGCAAACAAAAAAACUCAUCAUGAUUGAUGAAAAGUAUGAUCUAUUUCCAACUCUGUAAAAAGCUCAUUAUUUUCCAUUCAUAGAAUCUGGUAUGAACUGCAGCAUGAACAUUCUCCCUACCUUGUAAACCCGAGCAGUUUAGUUCUUUGACAACUCGUCGCAAGUAGUUAGGCAUUCUUUUUGCUGUUCUGGACAAUUAUAGUUGAUUUCUGUCUGACUUUUGACAGAUUUAAUUCUAUUAUUAGGGUGUAAUCAGUAAUGUUAUGUUGGAAACACAUUCCUGUGUCACUUGUUAGUAGGUGAAAUGCACAUUGUCUUCCACCGAUGAUAGCAAAAUGAUUGAAUAUUGUGCCA